GCCCAAGGUAGCGUGCGCAGGCAGGCCCCCCUCAGCGCGCCCGCCUGGGGAAUGACGGGAGGAAACGAAACGGGAGCCCAUCCCCCGUCCUCCCCCACCCCAGGGCCAUCCGUCCGUGGCAACGCACAGCUGGCCCCGAGCUCCAAAAAUAAGACAUCACAUACGAGACUGACGAUGAGUCCCAGCAUAAACCACUGAUUGUGCUGCGGUUCGCGAAUUGAGCCGACGUAGAGAUCAACUCUUCCGUGGGCGUCUCUGAAUUUCUCCACAUUGUAGUUGCCCGCGGCAACGAUGCCGACAGCAAGGUGUAGUCCUAGAAGCAGGAAGUCAUGAUCAGCAUCUUGGACGACGGCGACACCAACCUCGAUGAGUUCACGAACUCCAUUGGCAACGUCGCAUCCAAGACGCAGAUGUCCGUGGGCGUAGUGCAGACCAUCUCCCAGCAACUUGUCGGAGAUCGCGGCUCUCACUCCCAUGCUGACAAUACCAGCCGAGUCUUGGACAGCCAUUUGGAAGAGAACGAGACCACCCACGCUGCCGACAUGCAGAACAAGAAAAAGAAGAAGAUAGAGUCUAGCAUAACAAGCGACUCCAACUUGCAGACCAGCAACGUAUCAGGCCAACCACGGCCUCAUGUCAAAAAGAGCCGGAUCGAUUCCAGCGGGUCCAUCGACUUCAGCAAGGGCAAGCCCAGCAACCCGAGCGAUCACAGCUUGAAGGACAACCCCAAAAUCAGCGCCGAUGAUGGCAUCUCGAUCGAUACCAGGACGGCAGCGGCCCGUACCCAGUCUGGGGGCGCCUGCCUCGUACUCUCCGCAGGCGAGGCGCCCGCCCUAACUAUAUCAACAAAACAAGCAAUCACAAUGUCGAAGGCCAGUGGCGAACUUCAUCCGAAUCCAGCAUGAGAAUCGACCACAAUAAGGUCAAGCCCGCUUGCAGAUACGACUCCAGCUGGAAGACCGUCGACGGCCUUGACAGCCAGUUGGAGCAGGAUGAGGUCAACUGGUUAAUCAUGAAGGACAAUCCAAAUGUGCCCGUCGAUGACCAGAUAUCAGUCGACAAGAAUAAGAACAAGCAUAAGUCCCCGAUCCUGGUGAAUGAUAACACUCAGAAAAUGUUAAAGCGCAAGAAACUCGAAGACGAGAAGGCACCGACUUCCGAUGAGUGGCAGGCCAAGGACGGUGACAAGGACAGGGACAGCGAGCUCCAGGAGAAAAGCUCCAGGCAGUGAUGCCCCAGCCUCUCAUUGAGUUUGACAACGGAAAGGCGAGGAUCGAAGACAACGAUAUCGAAGCCUUCGUGUGAAGUCCCAGGUUUCGUCACCCGCCUUCCGCAGCUUCACAAGCCUCGAAGCCGUGAUCGCAAUAGAAGAUUUGCACCAAGCCAAAUGUCUGCUCUAAGAACCCUGGCAUGAAUCCGUUCGUGCCCCUGUAUGCAAAGUUGUUAGGAAUCCUGCGCAGAAGACGGCAGCCGGAGCUGGAGUUGAGCCCACAG